GGCGAGCGGAGCGGCUCACUGCUUCGGCGCUCCGUGUUUUUACGCACAGAAAGAGUCCCCGCGGAUCUCCAGUGAAACUCCGCAGCGGUGUCCUGCCACACCACAGACAAGAGGGAGAUUCCUGUUUCAUUGCUUUGGACUGGAAACAUUUCGGGGGAUUUUGCACUCUCGUUUGGAUCUGGGACUUACUGCAAAGGGGAAUUAGCUUUUACGCGCUUCAAAGUUGGCUCUUCGUUUACGCAUUCGCUUCAUUUCCACAACUCUGGCGCUUGGUUGAUGUGUUUGCGGUGAGGAGUGUUUUUUUUUCUGCGGAGGGAAUAGUGGAGGUGGAGCGGGACAGCAGAUACACCAGAGUGGGUGAGAGGGGGUAUUUUCGUGGCGAAGCUGUGGCGCUGGAACGGUGUGACAAAACCUGCAAUGAGGAAGACGUGUUUCAAAAUCACCACCAAGGAGGUCAGGGUUAUGACUUCCCUCAGCCGUAGUUUUUGAGAAGGAAGAUCUGCGUGCACUGUAAGUGUCGUCGUGAGGAGCAUGCAGUGACAGCCAUGCCUGUAGAGAUGGAGAAGACGGUGACCAAGCUGAUGUACGACUUCCAGAGGAACUCCACCUCGGAUGAUGACUCAGGCUGUGCCCUGGAGGAGUACGCCUGGGUACCACCAGGACUCAAACCUGAACAGGUUCACCAGUACUACAGUUCCCUGCCUGAGGACAAGGUACCCUAUGUGAACAGCCCAGGAGAGAAAUACCGCAUCAAACAGCUGCUCCAUCAGCUGCCACCCCAUGACAAUGAGGUGCGCUACUGUAACAGCCUAGACGACGAGGAAAAGCGGGAACUCAAGCUCUUCAGUAACCAGCGGAAGCGGGAGAACCUGGGGCGCGGCAAUGUGCGACCAUUCCCCGUAACGAUGACGGGCGCCAUCUGCGAGCAGUGUGGCGGCCAGAUAAAUGGCGGUGACAUUGCAGUGUUUGCAUCACGGGCGGGUCACGGUGUGUGUUGGCACCCCGGCUGCUUCGUGUGCAGCAUGUGCGACGAGCUCCUGGUGGACCUCAUCUACUUUUACCAGGACGGGAAGAUCUACUGCGGCCGACACCACGCCGAGAGGCUGAAGCCACGCUGCACCGCAUGCGAUGAGAUCAUCUUUGCGGAUGAGUGCACUGAGGCGGAGGGGCGUCACUGGCACAUGAAGCACUUCUGCUGUUUCGAGUGCGAGACGGUGCUGGGGGGUCAGCGCUACAUCAUGAAGGAGGGACGACCCUACUGCUGCUCCUGCUUUGAGUCCCUCUACGCAGAGUACUGCGACUCCUGCGGGGAGCACAUCGGCAUUGACCAGGGCCAGAUGACGUAUGACGGGCAGCACUGGCAUGCCACCGAGAGCUGCUUUUGCUGCGCUCGCUGUAAGCGUUCUCUGCUGGGCCGCCCAUUCCUGCCCAAGCAGGGCCAAAUCUUCUGCUCACGAUCCUGCAGCCUGGGAGAGGAACCCAAUGGCUCAGACUCCUCUGACUCUGCCUUCCAAAGUGCCCGCUCCACUAGAGAGUCCAGACGCAGCUCCAAGGCGGGAAAGAGUGGAGGAGGAGGAGGAGGAGGAGGGCAGGCUGGGAGAUUUUCAGGCGAGGUAGAUCCACUGUCUUUACAAAUGGAUCUUCUGAGCCUAUCCAGCCAGACACCGAGUCUGACCCGUGAGCCACCUGCCUGGCAGAGCCAGAACCAAGAGGGUGACAGCUAUGCUUACGAGUCACAGCCGGACCCCUCUGCCAACCCCACUCCUCUCCAGCUUCUCAGCCAAUGCAAUGUCAGGACUGUCUAUAACCCUGCCUCUUCUGCACAGAAUAGUGAGCCACAGGAUCACAGGAUGAAGGAGAAUGCAGGUGUGAAGAGACCACCAAUCUCAGCCUUAAAAGGCCACUCACUGAAUGAGACCUGGUUCAAGCAGCCAGGCCCAGAGGACUACUAUCCAGCCAAGCUGAGGACCCAGCAGAGCUUCAGUGAGGUGCCCCACACCUCGCAGCACCACAACGGGUUUUCCUCUGACAAGCGCUCAAUCAGCCUGCAUGGAUUUCAGAGGGACAGGGACAGAGAUGUCGGGCCCCCAGCACCAACCCAGGUGGGAAGAAGCAGGAACCCUAUCAAUGCACUUAACUUCACCGAGCAACUCACCCCUCUUGAGCAGACCCCAAGAGGAUCCAUGGAGUCUCUGGCCCUAUCCAAUGCUACAGGCACUUCAGCAGAUGGAGGAGGAAAGCGUCAGGAGCACCUUUCUCGUUUCUCUAUGCCUGAUUUGAGCAAAGACUCUGGAAUGAACGUGUCAGAGAAGAGCAACAUGGGCACACUCAACUCUUCCGUGCAGUUCCGUAGCUCUGAGUCGCUGCGCAGCCUCACUGCCAGUCAGCCCUACAUGGAAAUGGAUCCCCCCAUGUCCUCCCAGUACCCAGUGCAGUACUGUGACCCCACUACCAUGGGCAUGGGCAUGACUCAUGUUCCACCUGGCUUCACUUAUCAGGAGGAGGAUAGGGUUAGCUUGGUGAGCAGUGCCAACGCCGCCCGCCUGCCACCCAUCAGUGAACGCAGGGUUGGUGGUGGAGCAGGAGGAGGAGGUGGCAGGGGAGCCAGUAUCCGAAUAGAGGCACUGGAGGACACUCCCCAAAGGCGCCGACACCACCACCGGUCUCGGAGAUCCCGCCGAUCUCGUUCAGAAAACGCGCUCCACUUGGCAGCGGAGCGACGCGAGAGACCUCAAGAAAGGCCGCAGCUGCGCGUCCGUGAAGAUUACGACCGCUUCCCACCACCAAAGAGUGCUAGGGACCAGUUUGGAGGAGGAGGGGGAGGAAGAUAUCAGCCCCAGCCAUUCAGGCAGUGCCCCAGGACCACCUCGGACCUGACGCUCCAGAACCCUGGGGCCCACCGUCGCACGGGCCUGAGCCAGUAUUCCUGGGAUGAUUAUGAUGACGACGACUGGUGCUCCACCUGUUCUUCAUCCUCCGAAUCAGAGGAUGAAGGUUACUUCCUCGGUGAGCCAAUCCCCAGGCCUAUCCAGCUGCGCUACCUCAGCAACCAAGAGCUCAUCCAUAAGUACAGCAACACAGGGAUGGGUGGACCCAACCGCAGUGGCCAGCUGCACACGCGCAAACGCCGAAAAAGCAAGAACUGUAUUAUCUCUUAAUCCCCUCAUCUGUGGCAAAGGAAACUACCUUUAGUCCAGCGUGUGUACACUAACAUACUCCAUCUGAAACAAAAACAAAACACCCAGUCCACUCCCCCAGUGUUGUUGAGUGUUGAAUAUCAUGUGGUUGACAGUUCGUGGUAAAUUACAGUUGGUAAACAGUGAAAAAGCACCAGUGUUUGCAUGUUUAAUCAUUUUAAUGUUUCAGAAAGUAUUAAGGCUAACAGUUACACGCGCGCAAUUCUAUAGUCAAGUCACAAUGUUUAUCAAAGCUGAUGUGCAAUUGUUAUCAUAACAUCAUUUCCAUGCAGCAAACAGUGUGUAAGUUACAGUCAGACUAGUACAGUCCAGCUUUUUCAUGCAAUGUGAUUUAGAUCUAGGAUAUACUGAACUAUUUUAUUCAGUUAAUAGUAUGUACAUAGGUAAAUGAAUUAAUAAAUUCACUUAAGUUAAGGAUGUCAGUGUAAAUACGGUUGUAAAUGAGGCCUCACAUAUUUUUAUAUUUUGUAUGGAUAGAAUCAUUUAUGUAUGGAAUAUCUAUAAUGUAGAGAUAGAAAAUGACAAAAACAACGCAUGCAUGUUUUAUUUGGCUGACCUGGUCCUGCAUUUGGAAUAAAGGAGUAUUUCAGAGAGA